CGCGGAAUUAUCUAUAAAGCGUCGCGUCACGCUACGUAAUUCAUUGGACAAUAGAUAUAUUAAGUGAAAAUUUCCAAUAAUGAGUUCUUUCUCUGGGAAAGUCAAAGAAUAUCCUCACAUAUCAGUGGACAGAUUUGAUGGUAGGAACCUGGCCAGUACAGCUUAUUUCCUCAGUCAUGCACAUUCUGACCACAUGGUGGGCCUGUCAUCCCCCCAAUUCCUGGACCACCUGGAGAGCAACCAAGGAGUUUACCUCUACUGCUCCUUCAUCACGGCACGCUUCCUGCAAGCCUCCAUACGACACCGGCCACUGAGCAGUUAUCUGCGGCCACUUCCUCCUGACGAGCCUGUCAAGAUAUCUGUUCCUACUGUGGCCAACGAGCCUCCUCACUCCCUCACUGUGACGCUCAUUCCUGCAGGCCAUUGCCCAGGCUCUGUCAUGCUGCUGCUGGAAGGCAGAGGAGGUACUGUGCUCUACACCGGCGACUUUCGGUUGGCUGUUGGUGAGAGCAAUCAGCUGCGCGCGCUGCACAAUGCUGAUGGCUCCGUCAAGACUCUGCACUCACUGCACAUCGACACAACUUUCUGUCACCGGCGAGUGCUGAGCUUCCCUUCACGUCAGGACAGCGCUCAAGUUAUUGGUGAUCUGGUUGAGGAGUGGCUGGCUCAGGGCAACAACCAUCUCAUCCACCUGCUCUGUCCUGCCAAGUAUGGUUACGAGUUUGUGUACCGGAGUCUGCAUGAGCGCUUCAACAUGCGCAUCCACGUGAACCGUUGGACGUACCGUAUGUACGACACCGUGCCGGAGAUUCAGGACAGUCUCACCACUGACGCUACGGAGACGUGGAUACAUGCCUGCGACUGGAGGAUGGAUGAGAAUAGCUUGUCCAGCAACAUCUUCGAGAUUUGUCAGGUCUCGGAGGGCGGAACGUUCUGCCGCGUGCUGCUGUCUAUGCACGCGAGCUGCUCUGAGGUGCUCGACAUGGUAGCCUACCUCCGGCCUAGGAAGGUCUACCCCAACGUCAUACCCGCCAACAGCUCCAAGCAAGAGGUGCUGUCGCUGCUUCACGAGGCGCUGAGCCAGUCAGGUGAUCAUUACAGCAUCGAGUACGACGGGCGCAGCGCCGGGGGCGGGACGCUGCCUCCUCUCUUCAAGAAAUUGGCAAACUCUUACCAGUCUGACGUGGGCAGCAGCGAGAGUGAUGCUGGUCUGGGCGCAUUCAAACGCCAGCUCGAUGACCCGUCUAUGAGUAGCGCCAGUAAGCGGCGCCGCCACAGCGACAGCGGCAACAUGACGCAAGACGUGCUGCUGCUGGCGUUGCCUACACCUCGUGGCAAUAUGAAGGGCUCUCUCAGCCUCGAAGGCGAGCCCCAACAGUCAUCCUCUUGCGCCAACUCUGUUCCCUCUAUAGCUGGAGACGAUCCUUCUUCUUCUUCACUGGAGUCGCCGGCCUCCUACCCAUCGUCUGUGCAACCAUCGAAAGGUUCCCCGAGUGACCGUAGCGUGGAUGGCUCGCCGACCAUCGGCAACUGUAGUGGCCACCGUAAGACGGAGUGGGCACCUCGCGAUGACAGUCAGGACAGCGAGACCAACAGCGUAUUCGGUGAUGAGCUCGAUGAGAGCUCCAUGUUCCGCUGUCCCUCUAAAGUCAGUAAUUGUAGCGGCUUGACAAAUCUAAGCUCAGAGCAAACUAAUCUCGUUUCCGCUGCCCGAGAUGCGCUUCAUCACGAGAGGUCGGCAUCUGAAGGAGGCUCUCUGCCAUGCUCGGUGCUGCGCGACGCCAGCGUCCCCGAGGACGACAAAGCAUGUAGACGCCGGCGGUUGUGGUAUCGCCACCACCACUUCAGCACGCCCGUCAGUGAAGACGCUGGCAACCACACGAGCAACGGAGGCGACCACGCUCUCACCGGCCGCCACCAUCACCGGCUCUCACUGCGGUCGAGUUCCUUGCCCGACCCGCUCACCAUUCCCUUGGGUCCUCUGGACUGCAGUCUUCCUCGCCCUCCGCACUCACCCCUCACCCUGCAUCCCCCUCCCAUCCCCUGCCACUCUCCUCCCUUGCCUCUCAUAACCGUCAGCUCCCCUACAGCGUCUGACAGUUCUCACGAUUCGCACUCCAAAAAUGAUUAUUUGGCCACGCAUGAAGUGGAAACGAACGUCAGCAACCCAAACCUUGUCGUACAGAAUGGCUCUACUGCUGAGCUCAAUGGACUAGAAACGCACGCAGGCGUCUCUAUACGCCCUUCAGUUAUACAGAGUGCGGUGACCAGCCCGCUGUGCAAGCCAAACAGGAGUGAGGGCAUGAUCAGCACUCCAGUCUCCCCUUACCAGGCCUCGCCCCCGCCGGGCACCGAGCACUACCAACUGUCACCUCCUCCGUGUGCCCGGUCCUCGUGUCUGAAGACGGCGCGGCGCACGGCGUCUGACCGACUGGAAGUCGUGUCCCUGGAAGAGCAACACCAGCUCUAGUCUCUAGGCCGGUGUUGCUCUUAGGCAACAACUCUUAGGUGUUGCUCUUCAUCUCUAGGCUGGUGUUGCUAGAAUUAGGCAAGUCCCUGGAAGUGCAACACCAGCUGUAGUCUCUGCUGACCCCGCGCAGGAUCAUCCUCAGUCGAGAACUCAAAAGCUGCGAUGUCAAAUGCCGCAUAUGUAAAAUAUUUUUAUUUAAGCUAUUAGCCGUGCAAGUAUUUACCGUUGACUCAUUGUUAAUUAAAGUAAUUCUAUAUAAUGUUGUCACCGAAGUUUCACUAGUAAUUCAAAUCUCAAGCUCAUAUCUUCUGUCUUUUGAAGGCAGGUUCUAUGAACCACUUGCUAUCUCAAUUAUAGUUAGUGUCUGUGUCUUUACUUAGAUAUCAUCUACCACAAGCUAGUUUUUGUUGGCAUUUUGUUCAAAUAAUUGAUAAAAUAUCUUUAUUGUGAGAUGUUGCGUGUUGAUGGUCGUGUCUGAUCUCUGUAUUCUUUGAGUAUAUUAGGCUGGGGUUAUCUUCGUAACAAAAAACUUGACAAAAAAUUAUUAUUUUCAUAUGUGAUUUCUAACUGGAAUAAUUAAGAAGGAUUCUUGAGGAUAGUAACAGAAGAAGCUUUAAUUAGGAUCUGGGAUCGCUGAUAGAGGCGCGCGCAAUCGUGGGUAGCGCUAUGGCUCGACUAAAGUCUUGGCUUAUGGCCUUGCGUCGCAGUUUAGUGACGUGCUGCGAGUCUUUCCUUCACCUUCUUUGCAAACCAGAAUGGGUCGGUUCUGCCCUAACUAUUGUAGGUGCACAGAAUUUCCCAAUAUAAUCCGCCGUAUUCUCAGCAUUACUUGACAUUAGCAUUAAUUGCAUGGAUGAAACUAAGUGUAGUACGGCAGAGAGUGGGCGGCCGAGGUAGUAAAAUUGUGCGGUUAUAGCACCUAUUACUAUUAUUGCUAAGGCUAUAGAUUAUUUUCUCGGACAAGAUGGCUAGUUAUGAACUAAAUGCAUACUGGCACUUCACGAAAUUUUCAUCAAAUGUAAAUGUUCCUCAUAUUUAAAAUUAGUUGGCUAUAUUAUAAAGCAGCAGAAAUUCCAGGGAACUUAAACAGUCUGUAGGUAGGCAUUGGCGCAAGAGGCUCGCUGAAGUCGAAAUCAUUCGUAGCUUAUUUUUACAAUGUAUUUAAUACCAACCCAGCGUUCAAAAGCAAAACAUGUACAGAUUAUAUUAAUAUCUUGUUGUAAGAUUUUUUCUCUGAAAUGAUAGUGGAGAUUUUCCCCCGUAAUAAUUGUUAAAUACGUAGGUAGAUAUCAGGAGCGUAAAGGUGAAGCAAAGAUGCGAGGUUCGUGCUUGGACGGCAUGAAGGCAAGCCAGAAUGUAACUAGAAGCGCUCCAGCACUCGCAGGUCGUUUCGUCUGUUCUACAACCACUGACAAAUCUUCAUGUAGAGACAAACCUCAUCUUCGUUACGUGAUCACUUCUCACAUUACUAGCGCUCAGUCUUCAAAUAAUUCGCCUCUGUUUGAAGUGGGGUCAGUUUCUAUCAAGUUUUUCUGCAGGACUUAACAGUAUUUCAUAUUUCGUCUGAUUGUUAUGGGCCAGCUGCAUUUUAAGGUUUGAAUUGGUAUUGCUUACUGGUAUAAAAUUGCCCAUUACAAACCUACGCUUAUCUUCAUAGAUUUACUAAUGCCAUGUCUCGCAGUUUUAUUCUAUGUAAAACUUGAGCUGCACGAAUCGGUUGCCCUUUAUAUGCUAUGUCCUCAUAUGCCUUACUUUUCUAUGCCCGCAUCUCCUUCAUCAUAUCUUUCUCCUGCACCAAAUCUCGGUCGUGAGCUUCGUACCAGCGAAUUUAAUCUACUUUGUACUAGUGAAAUAUCAUCGGCCAUACUAGCCUCGGUACACAUGCUGGUGAAGUGCGGCCAGCUGUGUUGGUGGUGCCCGAGCGUCAAGCCAGCAGAGGUGCCGGAAGAGAGAGGGACGCCCUACAACCAUGGACAGAAUGCAAUAUUCCCAACACAAGUGGGUUUGUUUAAGAUAAAACUUAUCAGUUACGCAGUGGUCGUUUUGUUUUAUGUAAGUAUAUAUCAAUAUUCGUCAAGCAUGUUCUUUAAACGUACAACUAUUCACUUGUAAACUUCUCAAUGAGUUAUAUGAAUUGCUUGAUAACAUUACCACGCACAACGUCUGCGAUCACCUCCACGCAACUACCAUAGCUAGUCUCGGUCCAUCCAUAUUGAGAUGGCACUUAUAGUGACGCUGCGGCUGAGAGGUCGCAUCACAAGAUGAGUGUUGAGGCACAUAGUUCGCUCAUUCUGGUGCUGUACGACUGGCAUUGUACGCUGGGCGGAUGUGCGGGACGCGAUACCGCUCUUGCAACAGCCCAGUUCGUUCUGAAUGGUGAGUAAUGGUUCACCGAAACUACCAACCAAAUUGGGUUCAUCAGUAUUGAUAAAGUUCUAUUUAGCUGUUUCCGGGAUUAUAUCUCACUAUUAUGCUGAGUCUAGAGAUUCUUUAACUGUUAUUUGGAGUUUAUUUUUUUAUUUUUUGAGUGAUGAUGGUUGUCCACGCUGGACUCGCUAGGCGCCGUAUUGUGAAGCAGUGUAACGUUUACCACACUGCUAACAACCGCUCCGUUGUGUUCUCAGCGGAUGUGUGUUAAGAAGCUAGAAAGACAAGUCCAACUACAUUGAAUCGUGGACGGAUUAAAAUAAUACAUAUUUUGGGACAAAUUGGCAUGUUGCACGGACAAUUUUAAUCGGUUGGCUAUUUCGCACACUGAUGACGUUUAGCGCAACGGUCGCUACAAUCUGGUCUAGCUCGAGUCGUCUUCUUGUUAACCUAUAAUUUAUUAGCUCGCUCUAAAUAUUUUAAACUUACUGUGCAAAUCGUAUUCAUGUAUAAAUUACUUUAAUUACGGUGAAUUCGUUUUAUUUCUAAGGGAUAUUCCUGUAAGGCAGCGUUGUUGCUGCGUAGUGACGAGAUAAUCUUAACAUAUUAGCCCUGUGAUCACUUCACGGCUCUCCCGGCUGAGCCACGUCAUGUGUACGUCUAUACCUUGUGUUCACAAUGUCUAUAUUAUAUAUCUGAACUGUUCGAAAUAUGUUAGUCUGUACCUUGCUAGAUUUAAUGGGCAGAUGGAGGGAUUAUUUUAGAAAAAAAUUGUGCGACAUAAAUACUCAUUUGGAUAUCUAUUGCUGCUUUUAACCUCUAAUCUGAACUCAUAAAAAUUUGAAUCCCAACGAAACCUUGAGGUCUCUUGUCACGUAUCUAAUCUUUUCCAAAGACCUAUGAAUUUUGGCGUAACUGAGGCAUUGACGCUGAGCGCCUCGCCAGAGCUUGCGGUAUCUUAACGGCGAGUCCCAGGGGUGGCCUCAGUUGUUAUUCACUUGGCAUUUCUUUCACUCCCUUCUCGUCUCUUUGGCGCUGCUGCGACAUUAAGUACAGUACAAGCAUCUUCGUUGCUACUCAUACUCGCCAGCCUCAGCGCGAUGGCCAUUUGCCGCCUUUUUCCACCCGUUGCUGAUUAAUAUUUAUGAUAGGCCUUGCAUAUAUAAACAUUUUAAUCAACAAUAGAUAUAUUUAGGCCUUGCAUUUUAAAAUUGUUCUGUAACAGAAAAAUGUGUCCACUACACAACAACUACUCGUACAACUCCACGAAACUUGUUUAUUCUUCUUUCAGAACAUUCUAAGAUCAGGAAAAUGCACGCCAGUUCGCUGAUUCUUGUCAGGUUCCGGUAUAUCCGUGUCAUUGAUGUUGUCUUUUGUUGCUGCUGAAGAUUACAAAGAUUACACUCAGAGGAAUAUGGAGAUUUAGUCCAAAUAGCGAUUCAAUUAUUGCUCGUAUGAGUCAUGUUGAUUCAGUUUAUUGCGUUUUAUUAUCAGUCAAACACUCUGAAGUUGAGUUAAACACGCAGAAAAUGAUCGAACUAAGACAAAUUUAUUUAGGUUGCGCGCUAGGAAUUAUAAGAAUACAAUCUUGGCUAUAAUUGUGAGUCUUAAAGCUUCUGUACCCAUCAAGUGCAUCAUGAUCGUUGAAGGCCGAAAACGAACCAUGCGUGCUGCACAAGGUGCAUACCGUAUUUCUUUUUAUUAUCUAAGUAUCGUGUCCAUUAUUUUUCUUCGUUUCUUGUCUAUUAACUUGUCUAAGCACAAAUUUUCUCCUGGCACCGAUACCAAAACUUUGUAACCUGAGCAAUGAGCUUGUGAACAAAAGGAUACACGGUAUAAGCAGAAUCUCUUGUUCGUGUCCUGCAAUGAGAUUAACGAUGUAUUCCGGUGCGAUCAAGAGGUUCUGGCAUCGACCUUACCUGUACCAGACAUCUGACAUAAAAAAAUAACGUUGAAAUAAUGUUGAUCCUACCAAACGCUUUUAAUUCAACGUAAAUUUGAUUCAACGUCAGAUGUCAAUAGUGAAUAGUAUUUACACUAGAGGAUGUUUUGGAUCGGCGUAGGGGCAUUUCUUAUACCUUCUUUGUUAAUUGUGGUAAUGUGGAAAGUUGAUUGCGGUGUGCAAUCUUCCGGGAGAGUUUUCAUCUCGCCUCGUCUACUUAGGACUCAUUGUUACGUCUGGUAAUCUUUCCUGCGGUGUAACGUCGCACAAUGUCGUGAGGAGUAAUUUUUGUGCCAUACUAGCACAUACUCUAGAAGCAGGUGCAUAUGCAGUCUCAACAUUCAUUACUUCUAUUGCGAAAGUUGAUGAAAAGCUCGAGCUUAUAUUGCGUUUGCUGUAAUUUCUUUACAUUGCGGUCCCAUUAUUGCUCCCUAUUCGACUUUGGAGGUGCGUUGUGAAUAAUUUCAAUCUACUCGUAAUUUUUUCCUCUAGCGGAUGUACACGAGGAGAAAGAAGCACGAGUGAUUGUAUGCAGAUUAUGAUUGAUCUCCAUGUGCAUGGUUUAUUGAUAAUGACAUGGUUCAUUUGAAACGAAGGAGCGUAUUUGUGGGGUGAACAUCCCACCUGUGUUAUGUUAUUGCAGCCGACUAAAGAAUGAUGGUGUACUAUUUGCAUGACCAUCCCAAUUUUAGGAUGUUUUUGUAGUUCCCAGUUAGGGCUUGUGGAGAGAACGCACAAAUUAAAGAUGAAAUACGUUCGUUACAUGAAUAAUAAUACGUCUUAUUAUAGUACAUUCCUACCUUUUAGCUUGAGGUAUGACCAGCUUUUGUGUAUCAAUUUGUUGGUACUGAUAUAUUUUUUCCAAAUUAAAAUUAAAUUCUGUGUAAAUAAUUUCAUAGAUUCUGCAUUUCAUAGCUUCCUCCCAGAUUGUAGUACUUUACAGUCCCAUUGUUCUAUUAGUUCUUUGUCGAAGAAAUUAGAUGUGCUUGAAAUUAUGGGGCAUAGAGUGGCAAAAUUAUUUUGGCUUUAAAAGGGUUUUGCAGUUGAUCAUACUUCUUCAGCAUCCCAAUCAUAGAAAUGAGUGAGACGAUGUCAAAAUAGCGAUGCACUAAACCCCCUGUAUGGGUCAACCUAACCUAGUCUGGCUCAGCAACAUCACUAUUUCGUCGACAUGACUCAUUCAUGUGAGCGCUCCAUCUGAGCGUGCAGACACAAGCGUUACAAGGACGGCCCGGCAGAGCCCAGCGCCGCGGCUCUCACGUGACAUUUGGCUGCGAGUACAACACGCCUCUUGAACCUCCCGCGGUUCCUUAAAAAACUCGCCCUUCUCGAGCAUCUGUUUUCUGCGAACAUUCUCUUUUGCUGCUAGCGCGUUGCUGCACAUUACUCUUGCCUUGCACAUUCCUUUCUCUGUUCCUUAUAUACCCGUGAUUAUUCUAGUCUUAAUAUUUUUCUCAGCCAGUCUUCUUCAUAUAUGAGUAGGUAUGAAGCAUCUUAAUUGUUAACUGCGUAGUGUACAUUUAUGAUUAGUAUUUCGUUGUAUUUUGUGGUAAGAAUUAACUUUCUACCUCUCUUUUAAAAUUGUUGUUUUGUAAAGAAGUUUAUUUGAGUUGUUAUAAACGUAUCUACCCUUCUGUUAUUGAUGAUAUAUACAACUUUACUGAGAGCUUUACUACGAAUAGAAGUUAAUGCGUUUUUCUAGUAUAAUGCACAACCAGUUAUUAUCUUCGUAUCUUGCGCAUUGCCUGCGCUGCCGCGAUGAAAGGUGGCAGCGCGCGUCAGUGUUAAGUCUACGCGGGGGUCGCGUGUGGAGAACAGCCAGAAUUUAAUGUGUAACGUGUGCAAAUGAUGGCGCCACGCUCUGCUCCAUCUCACACCAAUGCUGGUCACAAUAUUGCAUCGAGGAUGUAAUCUGACGCCUGAUUCGCGGACAUUAGAACAGAAUUAUCGCUAGUUCGAGAUAUAUGUAUUAUAGUACAGUAGUGUGCAGGCUUACUAGUAUCGCAUCUUUCCUUGUUAUAGUUCAUAUUAUGAAGUCUUAUCAAUUUAUCAUUGCUCUAGGUGCUAAUGUCUCAUUUCCUUAAUGGUUCGUACGUCAGCCUUACUUGCAUGCAAGAUUCAUAUCGUACCUUUCUGGGACGAAAUUUCGUACCCAGGACAACAGAAACUUUUUCUGGAAGCUUAGAGCCAAACCUGCGUUGAAUUCUCUGUUGUGUAGUCGCCCGAGUGUCAUUUUGUAUUGAGUAGAAAUAAAGCUCCAAAUUCUC